AUGACCGGUGUCAAUGCGGAGUGGGAGAAUCGCAUUGUUGCCGCCCAACGUGGCAUCAAGCUGGAGGCUAAAGCUCACGUUGAGUCAGUGCAAUUGAACGAGGAGGACUUCAGCAAAUUGGUGAACGACAGGGCUUGGCUGAACGACAACUGCGUUGCUGCGCCCCUCCUCCUGGCAGCUUUUGCCAUCAAUAACGCCGCCGGUAUCAAAUUCAAGGUGGAUCCCCCGAAGGUUGUUACAUUGAACACAUUCUUUUUCCAGCAGCUUCUGAAGAGUGUUGCGAACAAGGAAAGAAUGCUGAAGCGUACAUGGGGGUUGACGCCUCAGAACUUCUUGGACGUUGAGACAAUCGUCGUCCCCAUCUGCUCAUCUAGUCACUGGAACUUUGUCUUAAUCCGGCCAUCUCGACGGGAAAUUGCCUUUGUGGACUCGUUCCACAAGACCGGUGAGGUCUUCCUGGACAAAGUUACGGAGUUCAUCAAGGCGUUCCUCGGCAGUGGGUACAAGGAGGAGGAGUGGAAGACCGUCCACUUCAGAGUCCCUUCUCAACAUAACGGGUACGACUGUGGUAUGUUCACGAUCACCAAUGCCGUCUAUAUUGCCCUUGGAAUCGACCCUAGCAAUUACAAAGAACCGGAUUUGCGCAUCCACAGACAGAAAAUCGCGGCUAUUCUCCUGAAUGGCGGCUUCACGGGCGAAUUUGACCUGUCGGAACUCUGA